UGUGGCAGAUGUCAGUGGCAAUGGGAGAUGUCGAGUUUUUUGUGAUAUAAAAAAAAUACAGCCAAUUUGUCGACGUUCUGUGGUAAUAAUUAUGUGAAUAAUGAGAUGAAAGUGUAAAUAAAUAUUAGGAUAGUGUUAAUUAGUGAUUAUGGCGCAUAGUGGAGGUGUUCUUAGCUCGGAUAUAUCAAGGAGAAAUCCCCAAGAUGAGUACGAACUUGUCCAAAGAAUUGGAUCUGGGACCUAUGGCGAUGUCUACAAGGCAAAAAGGCUCAACGGUAACGGUGAGCUUGCCGCCAUCAAGGUGAUCAAAUUGGAGCCUGGUGAAGACUUCGCCAUCAUCCAGCAGGAGAUUCUGAUGAUGAAGGACUGCAGGCAUCCAAACAUAGUCGCGUAUUACGGCUCUUACCUCAGGAGAGACAAACUAUGGAUCUCUAUGGAGUAUUGUGGUGGGGGGAGUUUGCAGGACAUAUACCACGUGACGGGCCCGUUGACAGAGGUCCAGAUCGCUUAUAUGUGCCGGGAGACCUUAACUGGACUAUCCUAUCUUCACAGUAUGGGGAAAAUGCAUCGGGACAUCAAAGGCGCGAACAUACUGCUAACAGAGUGCGGCGAUGUGAAACUGGCCGAUUUCGGUGUCUCCGCUCAGAUAACGGCGACAAUAAAUAAGAGGAAAUCAUUCAUUGGAACGCCAUAUUGGAUGGCCCCUGAGGUGGCAGCGGUAGAGAGGAAAGGUGGUUACAAUCAACUCUGUGAUAUAUGGGCGUGUGGGAUAACGGCUAUUGAACUAGCAGAACUCCAACCGCCAAUGUUCGAACUGCACCCGAUGAGAGUUCUCUUCCUCAUGUCCAAGUCGGGAUUCAAACCGCCACAGCUGAAAGAGAGGGAGAGGUGGUCGCAGGUGUUCCACUCGUUCUUGAAGCUGGCGCUGACGAAGAACCCGAAGAAGAGACCUACGGCUGAUAAACUGUUACAGCACCCGUUCUUCUUUCAACAAGAUAUGAGCAAGAGAUUAGCGAUAGAACUAUUACAAAAAUACUCGAAUCCACCCAGCCAUUGUAACAGCCAAGAGGACGAUGAUGCUGCGGUGUCCAACGUGCCGCAGCGCAUCGCGUCCCGCCACACGGGGCGCGGCCGCCGCGUGCCGCCCGAUCACGCCAGACCACGCAGUUUGGCCGAAGCCCCCGUUAGACCUACAACAUUGAUUGAUGACGAUGUAGGGGCCAGAGUCACUUUGGUUGAUGAUGGCCGCGACAGAAGUCGCCGUUCUGGCGCGUACGACGAUUCCCCCAUCAUCGAUUUAGACGCGGACGAUAUCGCGGCCAACCUCACUGAGAAUAGAUGCGAUGGUGACGCCGGUAGGAGAGCAUUUCAUAGACAAUCGAGUGAGGAUUGGAGUGUAGCAUCAUUAAUGACGUGUCCCAAACACAACCCUCUAACGCAAGAGAUGACCAUAGACACAAUGCCAUCUAGUGAAAAGAGCCUCUUGCAAUAUAUAGACGAAGAGUUAAUGCUAAGGGCAACACUGCCGCUCACAGCGGAAACGGCGAACAUGGCGCAAGCGACGAAUUCAGGCCUCUCGGUUCACGAUCAACAUUUAUCACAAUGUAUACAAUUAAAACAGAACUAUUUGAAUAACUCCACCACAAAUAUCUAUCAAAAUUUAGCUACAAACUUAGCGAUUGGCGCUUCAAGGGUGUCUAUAGAUGAUCCUUUGUGUAGGAAAAUCGGUGAGGAUAUAAUGUACGCGGAUCAGCACGAAAGCGAUAUAGUAUUAGACUCGCCACAGAUAAGGAACGCCAAUUGCGAGUGUGGAUUAUGUCCCAAACCCGAAUUAAAAGAUAAUAAUACAUUGAGCGAUUUACAAAGAUCUGUGUCAAACAAAUGUUCCUGCGACGCAUGUAAUUCCAACGGCGACAUACUGAGUUAUUACAGGAAUUGUUCCAAUCAGAAUUCUGAUUCGGGUAUAGUGUAUUGCGACGAUUGUAAAAAGCAGAAAAUUUCCAUAUCAAACUUUCGCGCUUUGCAAAUAGCUAACAGAUUGCGCAUUGAUGAUGAGAAAGUGGAAAAUGGCGCUAAUUCCGACGAGGAUCUGUGCAGGAAAAUCGAUAUGAGUUUGAACAUGGUCGAUAAGAAUUAUGAGCACAGGAAGAGACAUAAUAGACAUAAUUCUGAUUCUGUAACGGCCGGUAUAGACUUGAGUCAGUUUUGUCAGUGCGAGUUUGACGCUGCUAAGAGGAAAACAUCGUCGGUGGAUGAAAUUUUCAAUAGAGUUGAUGAGAAUAAUGCCGUGAAGGAGUUGACCGAGGAAGAGGAGAAAGUGAGCCAACGGCAAAGGAGUUUGUCGGACAGCCAGAGGGAUAAAGCGAAAUUGGAGAAUAAAGUAGGUACGCCCCCGGUGCCCCCCCGGCGCUCGCGGCCCCGCCGUGCGCACACGCCGCCCCGGCCCGCGCCCAACGGCCUGCCGCCGACGCCCAAAGUGCACAUGGGUGCUUGUUUCUCUAAGGUUUUCAACGGUUGCCCGUUAAGGAUAAACUGCACCGCUUCCUGGAUACAUCCAGACACGAGGGAUCAACAUAUUCUUAUAGGCGCCGAAGAAGGUAUAUACACGUUGAAUCUGAACGAGUUACACGAGACAGCCAUGGACCAGUUGUGCCCGAGGCGUACAAUAUGGCUGCACGUCAUCAAAGACGUGCUGAUGUCGUUGUCGGGCAAAACAGCGUCGCUGUACAGGCACGAGCUGCUACUGCUGGCGGGUAGCGCGAGGUCCGGCAGGUCCCGGGUUCUGCCCCCGAGGCUGCUGCCGCGCCGGUUCGCGAGCACCAGGCAGCCUGACACUAGAGGUUGCAUAAGAUGCGCGGUGGCUCGUAAUCCAUACAACGGCUACAAAUAUUUAUGCGGGGCGACGCCGGCUGGAUUAUUUUUGAUGCAGUGGUACGAUCCACUGAGAAAAUUCAUGCUGUUGAAGAACAUAGAAUGCAGUUUGCCAACGCCGCUGCUGACGCUCGAGCUGAUCAUAUCGCCGGAGCUGGAGUACCCCCUGAUAUGCGUGGGCGCAUCCAGCAAGCCGCUGAGGCUCACAUUGCUCAAUAUCAACUCUGGCGCGACGUGGUUCCACUCGGACGAGUUGUGCGCGCGCGCCGGCGCGGCCACGGCGGCGCGCGCCGAGCGCCUGCACACGCUGCGGGCCGUGCGGCAGCUGGACAGGGACAGGGUGCUAGUGUGCCACGAGAACGUGGUGGACAUAAUUCCGGUCCUCCCCCCCACUUUGGAAAGAUGGCGGACGACGGAUGACGCGAAGCGGAAGCCGAAGUUGACGCGGAUUCAGUUCGAUUUUAACAUCGAUAGCAUAUUGUGCCUGGCUGACAGCGUGCUGGCGUUCCACCGGCACGGCGUUCAGGGCCGGUCUCUGAAGAAUGCUGAUAUCACGCAGGAGAUUACUGAUCAGUCGAGGGUCUACAGGCUUCUCGGGCAUGAUAAGGUCGUAGUUUUGGAGUCCCACACGCUACAAACAAACACACUGUCGGGUGACGACGGCAACGACCUCUACAUUUUGGCGGGACACGAGGCGUCCUACUGAAGUGACCGCACGUCGGCUGAUUUUGCGGACAGUGUUAAAGUUUCAGGGUGACCACAGUUAUAGCGAAAAACGAGAUUCCGUUUGGAAACUUUUAAUUUGUAAUAAAGUCAUCGCUCGUCGAGACUUUUAGCGGACAUUGUUAAGUUUUAGGGUGACCAGGAUUUGAGGUGGAAAGCGCAUUUUCGUUGGUCGUUUUAUGACGUGACCAGACGUUAAGAAAUUUGCGGAUAGUGUAACUAUAUAGGGUGACCACGAUUAGAGUGGAAAGCGAGUUUCCGUUCGUAGACUUUUAUUUCUACGAAAGUGACCACACGUCGAUAAAUUUGCGGAUAGUGUAUUAUUAUAGGGUGGCCACUAUUUAAGUGGAAAGCUUGUUAACAUUUAUGUCCAUGAUUCGGGAGCAUUGUGGACUUAUUUCAACUGAAGUGACAAUGCGUUGUAAUAUUUUCCGGAUAGUGUAGUUCUAGGGUGGUUUACGAUUUGAUUGGAAAAUGAAGGAUAGUUUUUGUUUGUGUCUGCGACUUGGGAAAAUUGUGGAAUUUCCGUCAUUAGUCCGACAAUGACUUGGCGACUUUUGAGGAAUCGGAAGGAGUAAUGAGAUUAAAUAUAUUUUGAGUAUUGCGACCACGAUUUAGUGAGAAACGUGGGUCUUAUUUUUUUCGGAUUUUUUUUUUUUAUAUUAAUGAAGGUUUUUAUCUAAAGUGUAGUGUGAAACUACAUGUAUGCGAAUUUUCAAGACAUUUUGUGAGAUAAUUGAAGCAAUACAUAGUUUAAUUUCAAAAUAAGGUGUAGAUUUCAAUUUUGUUUUACAAUCGUCAUUUCCUAUUAGCGAAUCGUAGGAAUGCUCGUGUAAGUCAUUGGUUAAUGAGUGAUGCAAGUAUAACUACGCUAUUUCUAAAAGAGGGGUGUUAAAUUUACCAAUUUUAAUGCGGUUCUGCGUUUAAAUAACGCACGUUAAACAUUAACAUUAAGAGCCGAUGCGAAAAAUUUGCUUUUCCACACAUUAACUGUAUAUUUAUAUAAAAUCGAAAAUAUAAAAGAAAAAAAUAGUUAAUUUCUCUAUAAAUUCAUACAAAUGAUACAACUUUAAGGAAAAAACAAGGAUAAAAAUGUCAUUAUUAUGACAUUUUUCAGAGGAUUAAUUAAAAAUUUUUUUUUUUGAUACGGGAGUAAAUCCCGGAAAUAAAGCUAGCUCAUAACGAAACACCAAACAUAACCUCACUGCCAAAUAAUUCCAAUUCCAAGGAUAUAUAGCAACAAGCAAUAAUUAACAGCGAAAUAUUCAAUUUUACAAUCAGUGUACAGUUAGACGCGUGAAUUGAAUAUUAUUUACAGCAAUCCAAUACGCCAAAGGUUGCGGAGGUCUGACGGGAGUCGCUCCGUGUAAAAACCUGACUCACCCAAUCCAGGAUCCAUCAAAAAAAAAAAAAAUCAUGCAUCUAACUGUGCAUAGAAAUGUAUGUAAUAGUUAAGUAUGUAUCUAGUUUAUAUGAAAAAAAAACUAAUAAUUUUUAAAUCUGUAGAGGUACGAUUUAACAAAAAAAAAAUAUGUCUAUCAAAUUUAAUAUACCAAUAAUUUCAAUUCUGUAAAGCACUUUAUGCAUUAUGUACGCCAUUUUUUUUAAUACCAAUUUCUAUCGAAGUGGUAAUACUUUUAUUUUUUACUAAUUCGCAAAAUGCCCAAUAAUUCUAUGUAAGUUUUAUAGAGGUAAAUGUGCGCAAAAUGACAAAGUGAUUUGCAUGGAACCUUGUGGAAUAUUUUGUUGAGAUUUUAAUUUGAAAUGCUAUAUCAAAUGAUAUAAGCAAUAACAUAACCUCGGCGCAUACACAUUGCAUCAAAGAUACAGGAAAACGAAUGUGUGAACAAUCUGGGUAGAAUAUCUUAAGCAAGGUUUACGGAGACGUCAGACGUUUAAUAACAUUAACUGACUUACCUACUCCUAACCCUACGUCAUUAGUGGACCCUUGGCUCUGGAGGACGCUAGGGACGCUUGAGACAAACGCUAGAAGUAUAAUGACAUGUUGAAGGACAACUAUAAAAUUGCGAAAUGAAAAUGUGUAUGCACUGUAAGAGUAAUUUUUCUAUGACGCUGAUAUGAUAAAAGGUAAUUUCGCAUAAUGUGAAAGAAAAUUCACCUUAAUUUACCAAACUUGGCAUUUUGCUAUAUGAAAAAUGAAUAUGAUUUAUUUAUUCAAUAUAUAUGAUAUACAACCAAUAUGUGAUUUCACGUAAACUUUGGUGCAAAAAAAUCAUAUAGUUUACGUCAAAAAGACAUCGGUUUAGUUUUUAAAAAAUGUAAUAAAAAGUAAUUUAAUGUAUUUUUGUGUAAAUAUUUAAAUUUAUUCCAAUUAGCUAUAGUCAAUUGUAUCAUAGUAUCACUAGAGAUGUAAUUGUAAUAAUGUAUUUAAUUUUUUUUUAAAUAAAAUUUCUGAGAUAUUUUCGUUUUCGCUAAACGCAAACGAGUGAUUUGCGAAAUAAUGGAUUUGCCGAGAGAAAUCUUAGAUAUUAUGGAAUAAGUACCAAACCAGAAAUAACAGUUUAAUUUUUACCAAAAAAAAUAUUACAGAAAAUUAAAAAUUUUACAGGUCAUGAUAUCUUUCUUUUGUUUCAUUUACAAUUUUUUAAGACGAUAUAUGAAAUAAAAGUUCGAUAAUCGGCAAAAUUCUAUUUUGAAAAAAAAAAAGAAACAGUUUUAAAAAUAAGACAUUUAGCUUGUUCAUACAAGUGUGACACUGCGUACCUAUUAUUUAGUAUAAUGUCAUAGAAAUCUGUAUAAAUAAAGUGUUCAGAUUUUUGUGUAUAAUGUAAAUUUAAAAAAUUGCUUCUAAAUAAUGAAAUUUAAAAAAUGUGUAUUCUAAGUAUUUUACCGGUUUUAUCUUUUAUUUUUUUUUUUAUUUUCUCUAAAUGCAAUAAUUAUAACUUGCGAAAUGUUUUGUAAGUGCAUUGCAACGAAUGCGUUUUGCGCGCAACGAGUGAAGGUUUUACCUUUUACGGAAACUCUUGAUUCGAUGAAAAUAUUUGAAAUACUCGGUGAAUAAGCGUUAUUUAAGCUUACCACCAUAGAUCUCGUCUUGCUUACCAUCAGGCAUAUUUCAAUCACUAUUUUUUUUAUUAGUAAAUUAGUUUUGUUAAAAUUUUUGUGAUGAUAAAUUUGUUAUCUUUCACAUCAAAAACACUCAAUAUUUGUAAAUGUAACAAUCUCCUUGUGAAAAUUUUCAUUGAGUUAAAGAAGACGAUUAAUUUGAAAUUUACAUAUUAAAAGAACAUUCGUCACAGAAAUAAAACAAUAAUGUGACAAAUGUGGCUGAAUAUUUUCUUUUUUUUUCCGUAGUACGACCGAGGUAGAUAAAUGUGACCUUAUGGUUUUGGUUUCAUAGUAGUUUUACCAAUUUACGACCGAUACAUAUUUUUUUUUAUUUUCUUUGAAUCGUGAGUACCGUAAAUGUGUAAAUGCCUAGCCAGUUUUACAGUCCAGCUUUGAAGAUUAAUAACAAACUACUUCGCUUUUACUACCGUUUAUUUAUGAUAACUCCCAAUAAACAUUUAUUUUCUA